AAAAUUUUUCGUCGUUGACCAUGUGCUUAAAUUUAAAUUCUUAGUAGUAAAAUAACUCCUCUUUUUCAGAAAAAAAAACAGUAUUUUUCACUUAUACUCAAGAAUGACUCGAUAUGCGAGAUCCGGAAGCACUCAGAAGCAUCGGAAGAUGCCAGGAGAUGCGACACCUUGGAAAGAGUGGAGCAAGCCAGUUAAUGUAGCCGAUAGAAAGGAGAUGGACCAAAAUGGUAAUGCUUUAAAAGAGAGCUCACAUAAAGAACAAAAGACUGAAUCAUCAACUGUUGUGUCUGAGGAAGAAAGAACCACUGCUGCAAUUGGGGACACUUCCAAAUCCAAAGAAAAAAUCAGCUCUCAAAUUAAUGAGACGAAAAAAAAAUCCAAGAAGAGUCUUGAAACUUCAAGGGAGAGAAAUAAUUCUGAAGCUUCUCAAAAAAGAAAAAGUACUGAAGUUUUAAGAGAAAACAGUAGUCCUGAAACUUCCAGAAAAAGUAAAAGUCCUGAACCUUCCAGUCAGGAAAAUGACUCAGAACCUUCAGAGGAGAAAGACCAGUCAAAGACUUUUGACAAGAUCCAACAUCCACCUCGUGAGAAAAAACCUUCAUUUUUGGAAAGAUUGAGGAAGAAGCGUGCUGAUAAAGGAAUCCUUCUUCUUCCACCCAAAAUGGAGCAAAAAAUUUACAACAUCAAGAAGGCAUUGAGGGACAAAAAUUUGCCCCCCGAAUACAUUAUCAGCGUUGUAAGAAAAGAGAGAAGAAAAGCAGAGUUGAAGAUGAGGAAAUUGAACAAGCCAUGUCUAAACUGCAGGCAAAUAGGUCAUCUGUAUGCUGAUUGCCCCCUUUCUUCUCAGCAUGGGAUCUGUUUCAAAUGUGGUUCCACAGAACACACAUCUUCUAAGUGCUCCAAAGAUAUUUCAGGGUAUCCCUUUGCUAAGUGUUUUAUUUGUAAUGAGCAGGGACAUAUUAGCAAAGACUGUCCAAAAAACAAACAUGGUGUAUAUAUCAAAGGUGGCAAGUGUCACUUAUGUGGAAAUGUUAAUCAUUUCAAGAAGGACUGUCCAACUCUGAAGAAACAACAAGAUGAAGAAAUAAUUGCGGCUUAUACCAUUGAUGCAGGUGCGAGUGUCGACCAGGAAAUUGUACCUACGGUCAAAAAAGAGAAGCGGCCCAAGGCUAAGAAAGCAAAAAUCGUAAAAUUUUAAUGUAAAUAAAGUGUUUAAAUUUUA